AAGAGACAAAUGAACAGAGAUACACUGAAGUGAGGACAGGCAGGAGACACUGAGCAGCGCUGCUUGAGAGCAGAAAGUUCUCCAAUACUUCUCAGGAAGAAACAUCUUACAUUAAAAAGCAGAUAUAUCAAAUGGGAUUGCUUCAAAGAUACACGUUUAUCAUCUGUUUGAUGACUCUUGGGAUAUCCUGGGUCUCGGCAAUAUCCAAUCAGACAGCAGACUUCAAACGCUUUGAUGAAAAGCAAGCGGACCUCGAUGUGGCUUCUUUGCGGCAAAGACUUUCCUCUGGUACCCGUCCUUACAGUCUGUCCUUGUCACCACUGGAUUAUCACUAUUCUCCAAAGCCGAAGCACCUUCGUGUGCCCCGUCUACUUCGGCUUCUGGGGUCCUCCUUUGACCCAUUCUGGAUGUCUGUAGAGAAACCAAUACACAACGAUACCAACAACCACGUGUCACCAUUUAGCCAAGACCUGUUCGAGGGUGCCAGUCGUUAUCGAAAGAAGCUUACCCAGGAGGCACAAUACAUUGACUUUAGUGCUUUCAGAGUGCCAGCAGAACUGUCUGAAAAUGGUAGCCAGGCCUUGCUGAAUGAACUACGUCAGUGGCUGGUACAGAAAGCAAGCUGCCAGCUAAUGUCUACAUGGGUGGAUCUGGGCCCUGUGUUCUGGCCUCGGUGGGUGCGACACACUAACUGCGACGAAAGCAACACUGCAUGCUCCUGGCCUCCUGGAAUGUCUUGCCGUCAGGCUCAGCUCACUCAAAUUAAAUUGCUAGCCUGGCACUGCUGGAUACAAGAUGCUGGCAAAGGAUGGACAUCUCAGAACUGCAUGUGGAGGCAGGUACCCUAUCCAGUAGUGGUUGCCUGUAAGUGUACGUGCAGGUGAAGAUAUUUUUUUCAAGAUGAGAUUAUUAGCAUAUUCACAUCUUCAUUUUUUUUUUUUUUUAAAUGUCAUUACAAAGUGUGCUUCAAUAUAACAUUUUUCAUGUCUAUUUUUAUUUUACAAUAGACACUUUCUAUAGAAAAACUGCAUGUAUUUUUAUAAAUUAUGUCUUAUUCACCUUUUGCCAAUUAUAGUUAAAAUUCAAGCUGGAAAGAAAAUUUGUGAUGCGGGGUUAAUUUGAUCACUAAGAGCACAAAACAAGCCAGAGACAGCUUGUCUAGGAGAAGAGUGAAGGUCACGGGUAACCCAAACACAGCUGACAGUAAACAGGGUACAGCAACCUUUUACAUGGAAGCACAAAGAGCGUGUGCAUGUUACCCCUAGCAUUGGAUGCUGUGCUUUACCAAUAUUGCCAUACAUAAAAUCUUUUUUUUAGUUAUGUUA